GUACAUAGUUUUGUAGCGUAAGGUUUCAGUUUAUCCACGUGAGGGAGAAGAUAGUAUCUAAAUCAUUAACACAUCAACGUGAUUUUAAACUUUCUACGUUUAUAACUUAGGAGCCAGCAGUCUGACUCACCAUCUCAGGUCGCUUCGUCAACAUGGCUGGAAAGAUAUGCAAGGAUGAACUAGAAGAACUGAGAGAGGCCUUUGGGAAAGUUGACCUCGACAGUAAUGGCUUCAUCUGCGACUUUGAGCUCCAUGAGCUGUUCAAAGAGGCCAACCUCCCUCUGCCUGGCUACAAGGUGCGGGAGAUCAUCCACAAGCUGAUGCGUGAAGGAGAUCGCAACAAAGACAACAAGAUCAGCUUCGAAGAGUUUGUGUCCAUAUUCCAGGAACUGAAGAGCAGUGAUAUCGCUAAAAGCUUCCGGAAGGCCAUCAACAGGAAGGAAGGGAUCCUGGCCAUCGGAGGCACGUCUGAGCUGUCGAGCGAAGGAACGCAGCACUCCUUCUCUGAGGAGGAGCGCUAUGCCUUCGUCAACUGGAUCAACACAGCGCUGGAGAAGGAUCCGGACUGCGGGCACGCGCUGCCCAUGGAUCCAGACACUGACUCCCUGUUCAAAGCCAUGGGCGACGGCGUGGUGCUCUGUAAAAUGAUCAACCUGUCGGUGCCAGACACCAUUGAUGAGAGGACCAUAAACAAAAAGAAGCUGACCCCAUUCACGAUCCAGGAGAACCUGAACUUGGCCCUGAACUCGGCCUCAGCCAUCGGCUGCCACGUGGUGAACAUCGGGGCGCUGGACCUGCGGGAGGGGAAGCCCCACCUGGUGCUGGGCCUGCUGUGGCAGAUCAUCAAGAUCGGCCUGUUCGCAGACAUCGAGCUGAGCAGGAACGAAGCGCUGGCGGCCCUGCUGAGGGACGGGGAGACCCUGGAGGACCUGAUGAAGCUGUCCCCUGAGGAGCUGCUCCUACGCUGGGCCAACUACCACCUGGAGAACGCCGGCUGGCAGAAAAUUAACAACUUCAGCUCAGACAUCAAGGACUCCAAGGCCUACUUCCACCUUCUGAACCAGAUCUCCCCGAAAGGCACAGAGGAAGACCAGCCUCGCAUCGACAUCAACAUGGCCGGCUUCAGCGAGAAGGACGAUCUGAAGCGGGCGGAGAGCAUGCUGCAGCAGGCCGACAGGCUGGGCUGCAGACAGUUUGUCACUCCCACCGACGUCAUCAGCGGCAACCCUAAACUCAACCUGGCGUUUGUGGCUAACCUGUUCAACAAGUACCCCUCCCUGACCAAGCCAGAGGGCGAGGAUAUCGACUGGGGGCUGCUUGAAGGUGAGACGAGAGAGGAGAGAACCUUCCGGAACUGGAUGAAUUCUCUGGGUGUGAACCCGCACGUCAAUCACUUGUAUGGGGACCUGCAAGACGCUCUAGUUAUCCUGCAGCUGUAUGAGAAGAUUAAAGUUCCUGUGGACUGGAACAACAAAGUGAAUAAACCACCGUACCCCAAGAUAGGGACCAACAUGAAGAAGCUGGAGAACUGUAACUACGCAGUGGAGUUGGGCAAGACAACCGCCAAGUUUUCCCUGGUUGGCAUCGGAGGGCAGGACCUGAACGAUGGCAACGCUACCCUGACGCUGGCCCUGGUCUGGCAGCUGAUGAGGAAAUACACGUUGAAUGUACUGGAGGACUUGGGAGACGGACAGAAGGCCAACGAUGACAUCAUCGUUCGAUGGGUCAACAGCACCUUGUCAGAGGCCGGGAAAGCAACCAAGAUCUCAAGCUUCAAGGACAAGGAGAUCAGCACCAGUCUGCCGGUGGUGGACCUGAUCGACGCCAUCCAGCCAGGCAGCAUCAGCUAUGACCUGGUGAAGACUGGAAGCCUGUCUGCAGACGACAAGCUGGAGAACGCCAAAUACGCGGUCUCCAUGGCGAGGAAGAUCGGCGCCCGGGUCUACGCCCUCCCGGACGACCUGGUGGAGGUCAAACCUAAGAUGGUGAUGACCGUGUUCGCCUGCCUGAUGGGCCGAGGGAUGAAGCGAGCCUAGGACACCCCCCCACCCCCCCACCAUGCCCAUUUACCCCGCCCUGCCCACCUAACCCCCCCCC